AUGGUGGCGGGGCGCUUGUUGUGUGUGCGGCGGGGUGGUGCGGGUGUCUUGAGGAACAGAGGUGCUGCUGUGGUGGGCCGGGCAGAGCGUCAUCAGUGGAAGCGGUGCGCGUGCUUGCGUGUGCCACAGCGGCCAUCGUCCACCACCGCUUGUGCGCAACACAGGCAAGCGCGGCGGCAGCACCACCAGCCUGCUGAUGACGAUGUGAACAAAGCUGCGGCCUCAUCUGGACCUGCGCUGCACGAGGCGGAGGAAGAGGAUGGCGGUGUUCGGGAGUGCAUUCGCUCGAUCGUGGACAACGGUGAGAUGAAGGCUGUUGGCGUCACGCCCGGUCUCUUCACCAACAUGCGGCUGCUCUCGUCGGACGGCUUUCCUGUUAUCGAAGAGGAGGCGCGAGCGCACAUGAACGCCUUGGUGCGUGAGAUGAAGGACAAUCACAGCCGCGGGCAUCACGAGAAGGCGCUGGAGAGCGUGGAUCACAUCUCUCACGUGUUGUGCAAGGUGUUGGACCUCUGCGAGUUUGUUCUGCAAGUGCAUCCGUCUGCUGAGUAUCGCGACGCCGCCGCCAACUCCCUCUACUCCCUCGGCCACGACAUGGAGGUCCUCAACACGGACGUUGAACUGUAUCAAGCACUCAAGGCCUUUGAGGACAUGCCAUCAGCUGUGGAGGUGAGCGAACCCCCUGUUUGA